UAUAUUGUUUGACCUUUUUGAAGAAUUUUCCCUCUGUGUGACCUUUUUUGUUGUUUCCCCUUGUUUGGCAUUUUGUUAUUUUUCUUUGUUUGACCUUUUUUUGAUUUCCCUUAUGUAAUGCUUUGAACACUUUCCCAUUGUUUCACGUUCUGGAGAAUUUUUGAUUGUGUGACGUUUUGAGUUUUUUCUAUUGUUUGGCGUUUUAUAAUUUGUAAACGAAUUGAAAGCAAUUAAAAAAAUUCAUUGAAUUAAAAUUUUAAAUUUAAAUUUAUACAUAUUUCAAAAUUUAUUAAAUAAUUGGCAUUCUGUUUUUUUGUAUUUUUCUUUGCCUACCUCUUCCUUUCCUACACUCUCUCGUUCAUUUGCAGUUUUUUGGGAGGCUUUAAGCUAUCAUUCAAAAAAUUUUUAAAUUUAUUUAAAUUUAUUUUCUGCAAUUUGUUUAUGUUUUCAGUUUGUUUAUUGUAAGUUUUUAAAGGUUUCCCCUCUUUAUUUUAAAAUUUUUAGACGGCUUUUUGGAGAACAAAUUCCUUCAUUUUCUCGUUCCCUUUGCACCAAACUUUUUCCAAAGCCUAUUUACACACAUCGGUCGGGGAGACAAGUAAAAGCUAGAAUGAAAAAAUUAGAAGAAAAAAUGGCAGAAUUGGGGGACAACUUCAAAUCUAAACACGAACUUAAAACACCCAAAGGAACUCAAGAUUUUGGACCAGAACAAAUGGCUGUGAGAGAAAAGGUUAUUGGAAUAAUUACUGAGACUUUUAAACGUCACGGGGCUGUAACGAUCGAUACUCCAGUUUUUGAAUUGAGAAAAGUGUUGAUGGGAAAAUAUGGAGAAGAAGGGUCUAAAUUGGUGUAUAAUUUGGAUGAUCAAGAUGGGGAGCUGUGUUCGAUGCGUUAUGAUUUGACGGUUCCUUUUGCUCGUUAUUUGGCUGCCAACAAAAUUGAAAAAAUCAAACGCUAUCAAAUUGCGAAGGUUUACAGAAGGGAUCAGCCUGUUAUGACUAAAGGAAGAUUUCGUGAAUUCUAUCAAUGCGAUUUCGAUAUUGCCGGACCUGGAGAAUUAAUGAUGCAAGAAGCCGAGUGUUUAAAAAUUGCUGAUGAAGUGAUUUCUAAAUUGGAGCUUGGGGAAUUUGAAAUUAGGAUAAACCACAGACUAUUAUUAGAAGCAAUAUUCGAAGCUAGUUCAAUUCCCUCAAAUUUAUUCAAAACAGUUAGCUCCUCAAUUGAUAAACUUGAUAAAAUUGCUUGGGCUGAUGUCAGAGAAGAAUUAAUUAAUGAAAAAGGAUUGAGUGAACUAAUGGCCGAUUCUAUCGGGAAAUUUGUUUGUAUUGGAGAGGAGCACCCAGAUUGGGACAAUUCAUCCCUUUUUGACUGGUUUUGUAGUGACAAUUUGUCAACCUCUGAAGAAGUCCAAAAAUCAAUUAUUAAAGCAAUUGAUGAGCUUAAAUUGUUAUUUAAUUAUGCAAUAUUGUUUGGAUGUAAAGACUCUAGAAUAGUUUUUAGCCCUUCUUUGGCACGUGGAUUGGAUUAUUAUACGGGAAUAAUUUAUGAAGUUGUGAUGAAAGGUAUUUUUUGGAUUUUUAAUUCGACAAGGGCUGGGAAUGAGCUAAUGAGGGGACCUAUUAAACUUUGACCAAAAUUUUUUGAAUCGAAAAUGUGCUAUUUUGAGGAUUUUUUUUUUUUUUGCUUUUUUGCUCGACCCCGAAAGCGAAAAGUUAUAGGCGAUCCUUACUCUCAGGAUUCCAUUAAAGAUUCUUGAUCGUUUUCCCCCAACAUUUUUCUUUUUUUCUUCAUGCGCUGUAGCUUUAUUCUUCCUCUAUUUGGAUACGUCCUUGCUGGCACAUAACCAGAGUCCUUGGCUACACAUAAAAAUAUUUACAUAGUAGCUACUUCCCCAUCUUCUUUACCACUCUACUUCCCUACCUAUUUGCCAAAAAUUGUUAAAAAUUUUUUAGAUUUAUCUUUCAAUAAUACACAACAAAAAAAUAAUGAUGAAUCAACA